AUGUCGUCCGGUAGUCGCUACUGUUGUACGAAGUGUACAAUAAAAGUUCCAAGUAAAGAUUUGUUGUCAUGCACUUGUUGCAAGACUUUUGUUCACAAUAAUUGUGAAACUAACGAUGAUAUUCUUGAAAUUUUGAGAAGUGUUAAAGGUUUAAAAUGGUUUUGUCAACGUUGUGUUGAUUUGUCUCAAGAUGUUAGUUCUUUGGCUAAGUCAAUGGAUGCGUCUAAAAAUAAAUUUGUUGCUCAACUAAAUGAAAUAAAUGAUAGUAACAGAAAAAUAAAACUUGACGUUGAUAGCAUAAAAAUGGUUGUUGACCAUAACCAAUCUAAACUUGACGAACUUGAUCGUUUCGAUACUGUUUUACGCGAGGAAAUUAAAAUGUCUAAAAACGAAAUAAAAGAAACAUUUUCUAGCAUUGUCAGCAAGGAAGUUAAAUUGAAUGUUGAACACUUGACAGGAGAUGUUUCAGAAAAAAAUGUAAUCAAAAUAAUGAGACUGGGAAGGAAAUGCGAAACUGUUGUUAGACCCAUUUUGAUAAAGUUGGAUUGCGUUUUACUCAGAGACUCAAUAAUGAAAAAUGUAUAUAAAUUCAAGUCGUUAAAAGAAUUUUCACAUGUUGGACUGAACUAUGAUUUAACAAAGGAUCAGAGGCAGGAAUACAAAUCAUUUGUUGAUAAAGCUAAAGUUAUGGAGCGAGAAGAAAACAAUCAAAAUUUUUGUUCAGAGUGA